GUUGUCAAGGCAGACGGCCGGGCCCUUGCAAAGUAUCGUCCAGUGUGUCAGUGCGGCGGGUACAAACCAGACUGGGCGAAGACCGUGAGGAUCCGGGACGUCAUGCUCCCCGUUGACAACCCUGUCUUUCAGAAGGGGAAGAGCAGAUGCAGUCGACGUCUCCAAACACCAUACCCGCCAACUCACUGGCGCAAAGGCAAGGAGGUGGCCAACGACGUCUUGUGCUUUUCUAAUCCUCUGUACGUUUCCAACAAAUUCGACGGCGUCUCCCAGCACCUGGGCAACCUGGACCAAGGCGGGGCUGUGCAUGGCGGCUGCAUGACUUUAGACUGGGGCGGUUUCUUCUACGACCAAGUCAUGAAGCCAUCGCCGCUGACGAAGUCCAUCUGCGGCCGCCACAUGCCCCGCGACCCUGACGCAAUCCCAGUCCGCAUACUGCCCCUCCUGGAGUACCCCCUCAACUGGCGGCCCUACAUCGAGGGCGCCCUGUCCGAGUGCCGCUGCGCCGCCAGGAAGCACAGGCGGACCCAGAGCUGCGCGGUGGCGGCCAGGAGUUGCAGAAGGGGUGGCCUGGAGGGCGCCCUGGGGGAGACAGGGGAGGACGUGUGGCACGAGACGCAGGAGUGGCAGGAGUGGAUGGGGCGGGAGUGGCUUGGGGUGCCCCCAGGAGCGCAUGGGAUAGCCGUGCCCCAAUGGCACUCUAUAGGGUCCUUGAUGGCUGCGAGCCGUUCGUGGAUUUGGUCCACGUGCAUUUCUCAAAUAAGGCAAAUGGAACGAGCGAUUGCUCGAACAAACCUUAUGAAGGUAAACAGAGAGCCUGUGCUGAAACAAUCGGAGCAUCUGCAGGGCGCUGGCAGAAGUUAA